AUGUCUGACGACGAAGGAGCUUUUAAUGAUGGCUAUGAGAACGCAUAUGAUGAAGCUGAUUUCGAAGAACACUUUUCAGAUGACGGAGACUUUGAGACUAAUGGGGCUGUAAAUGGUAAUGAGAACGGAACUGCGGUUGCUGCUCAGGAAAUUGAUGCUGACGGAAGAACCGUGAUCGUAUCGAACCAAGACCAAGCACCGAGAAAGAAAACCGCCAAAGAGCUGGCUAUCCCCAAAGAAAAGAGAGCUACCACGCCCUACAUGACUAAAUAUGAAAGAGCUCGUGUUUUAGGCACUCGUGCUUUGCAAAUCAGUAUGAAUGCUCCAGUCUUAGUCGACUUAGAAGGUGAAACCGAUCCUUUACAGAUCGCCAUGAAGGAACUUGCUCAGCGUAAAAUCCCUUUAGUAAUUAGACGAUACCUUCCUGACGGAAGUUAUGAAGAUUGGGGAUGUGAUGAGUUGAUUGUUGACCAAUAG